UAAUCACUCUUAUCUUGUAACGAAUUUAUUGAUAAUACAAUUUAUCAGCAAUGGAAAACGCAUCAAAAUAAUCAGUGUGAGGGAAAGUCAGAAAAAAAACAUCUGAGAGUUAGUUGUUUAUUAGAAAAAUAGUCAAAUAAGAUCGUGGGUUGUGCAUGAAUUAUAAUGGUGGUGAAAAUAAUAAUCAGCAGUGUUUCUGGAAAUUACGAGGUGAAAUCACGACAGCAGAGGGUUCUCUCUAUUCUAGACUCUAAAAAUAUCGAAUACGAACUUUUGGAUAUAGCUGGGGAAGAGUCUGUGGAAAUCAAAGAAUUUAUGAAAAAUGCCACCUCAUAUGGAGGUACCAUGAGUGACCCGAAUCCACAAUAUCCCCUACCGCCCCAGAUUUUCAGUGACGAACACUAUUGUGGGGAUUAUGAUAUGUUUGACACGGCAAAUGAAAUAGGUGAAAUGAAAAAAUUCCUCAGACUGACAGAUGGCCAUGAAGGAACGAACAUUGAAAAUAUUUCUGAAAUAAAUCUUAUAAUGAAUAAAACUAUGAGUUCCUAUUGUGAAAAUGAUGAUAAACAUGUUAUUAAACAUUGAGGUA